ACGCUGCCGAUUAAACUAAACGAAUAUGACAAAUGAAGAGCGCAUAUAAAUAGAUGUUUAAUUAAUUAAUAAUCUGAAUUAUUAGAAAAUCAAAUAAUCCCCAAACUUUACUAGUUCUUAUUGAAGGCAUGUCUCAAAAAACGCUUCCUUUGCUUAUAAUAAACCUCGGCGGUGAAAUGCUGUAUAUUCUGGAGCAGCGCCUUCGAGCGCAGGAUGAACACGAUGAUGAAACUCAGAGAGGUUGUUGGACAGAAGAUGACAGAAAAAGAGUUAUAAAUGAUAUAGUGGGCACUAUGUUCAGUAAGACUUUUCUAGAGGAGAUUUUAAAGCCUCAGGAUGUGUUUACUCAUCGAGCUCUACGGACAGUUCUCACACGGAUCGCGCACGCCUCCAUCAUGCGCCUAAAUCCAGCCAGUAUGGACAGGUUGUAUGAUUUGAUGACUAUGGCCUUCAAGUAUCAGAUUAUUCUGUGUCCACAUCCACGAGAUCUACUUCUCAUCACCUUUAACCACAUGGACAGCAUCAAAGACCUGGUGAGGAAAAGUCCAAACCUGGUUAACCAGAUCAACGAAGCCCAGCGACAACUUAUAGAGGUGUACACACCCCUAUCUGAUGGUGAGUUUCAACUCAUCCGACAAACGCUUUUGGUUCUCUUUCAAGAUAUGCAAAUCAGGGUGUCAAUUUUCUUAAAACAACAAAUCCAGAACCCAAACGGACAUUUUGUGCUGCCAACUUCAGGGCCUGUCCCAUACGGAUUUGAGGUUCCAGGUCUAAUCAGGUGGUUUAACCCUAAAGGUCGAGAAGUGAGGAGAGCAAUGUUUCCCAAUGGAGGAAACUACACAAAAGCUGUUCAUCAGCCCUCAUUUGACCUCUUUGGAGACAGGGUGACGCGUUUGGGCACUAACAUGUACAGUGGAGCCUCACCUGAAAACUCAAUCCCAUCAGACAAAAGUACCAGAAAGCAAAAGCAGGUAGAGUCUGCACACAACCCUCUGGCCACCGAGGAACUGAACUUGCUGGCCAAACUAAUGGGUGGGAUGAAGGUACAGAAUCUCUCAAAUGUGGAUGCUGGUUACAAAGUGAACCUGUUGGCCUUGGAGAAAGAGGAUGAGGGGGUCUGUAUUUUGGAAGGGGUGGAGCAACAAUCACCCAAAGUCAUCAACAUACAGGCCAUACAGGAUGAGUUGGUCAGUACUGAACUGGCCCAUAUAGCAGGAGAGUUCACAGAAGAUGGAAGUCAAACAAAGGGAACUUGGAACAAAGGAGAUGACUUACUGGCCAUGAUGGAUGACAUCUAAAGGACAGGAAUUUGGAGAAGAAUAUGGAUUGUAUACAGAAGCAUGUGUUGAAAAGAUGUGGAUGGUCACCAUAUGUUGUUUCUGGUCCUUGAAGGCUUAGCAUAAUAGCUUCUUAAUUAACCUGUUUCUUACUGUGCAGCAGCUAGACUAACCACCAAACCAGCACUAACAACCAAACCGUCCUCAACCAGUUGUUUUGGGGUCUGUUUUUGUUUUGCAGUGGUCUGUUCAAACAUCUAAUCCAGUGGUUCACAACCUUUUUCACUUCAAGGCCCCCUAGUUGCCCACAACAAUAUUUGAAGGCCCCCCACUCACUCAAUUUUUUCAGAAUAAAAUUUACUAGAGCUUGGAAUGACUAGACAUGUAUAUUCACUACUAAAUGGCCAAAAAAAGAAAUAAAUUGCUUUUCGCAAUUAUAGCUUAUUUUAAUGCUUGUUUUGUCCAAUUUUUUAAGUAAGUCAUCUUGAGGCCCCCUUGGACAUCUGCUGAGGCCCCCUGUGGGCCCCGGCCUUCUGAUUGGGAAACAAUGAUUGUUUAAGAUUUCUUAAAAGAUAGAAACAUUUUGGUCUUUGUUAUAUUUUAUAACAGAGAUUUGGUAAACAAGUCCACCCAAUGAAACAACACUGCACACCCUUACUGUUACUGUAGUGAAACUAUGUUUU